AUGACUACUAGAAUCAGUUCUUCUGAAUUAUCACAAUUCCUUGAUGAUGUGGAAAGAAAUGUUGACGAUGAAUCAGCUGAUUUCAAGAAAUUAACUUUGUAUUUGUUUACAUUCCUUAACGAAAGAUUGCUCACUGACGAAGAAGACAUAGUCAUCAGAUUAUUUAACAUAUUAGAAUUGGUUUUAUCCCGGAAACUUCACUUGCUUAAUGUCCAAUUAGAGUAUAAAGACUAUGAACUGAUUUAUGUGCCUGACUUAGAACAGCCUUUGUUGUAUGAGUGGUCAAUUUCCUUUGCAUUGUCGCAUCUUGCAAGCUCCAAAGCGGAGAUAUCGAAUAAGUUGAAGUCUUUCAUUAUCUACAUUAUAAACUUAGUUUGUACCAAACUUCAUAACUUUAAAUUUAUAAAACUAUUAAGAAAGAGCUUGUUAGAUAUUUUGGACAAGAAUUUGAAUCAUUGUUUUAAACAAGAGAAUAUCCACAACGAAUUAGUGCUAGCCACCCAUUUAUUUUCAAUAGUAAACGACUUUGAUAUUUCACAGACCCUACUUAUUAAUUCACAAAGUUAUCAAUUGAAACUCACAAGUUUUGCCAGGAAAUUAUGGUAUAUCGUAACUGAUACUACAUAUCAUGACUUGAAAUCAAUAUUGUUAUUAAACCAGACUAAUAAUUUAAUGUGUAAUGAGGUGGUAACUUGGGAACAAAUAUGUCUUUUAUUAAGUUGGAUAAUGGAAUAUCUCAAUUCUAAUGUACCAGACGAGACUGUGAAUAGCACAAUCAGCUUAUCAUUACUAAAAGUUUAUUGUUUAUGCUGGGAAAAAGGCGUGCUUGAAAAUUUUUACAAUUAUAUGAAUUUUCAGAGUUUGCUACUGAAGGAUAUUCCUAAAGUGAUUUCAAAGAGUUUACAUAUUAUAAAAUAUCACCAUCAUUUGAAUGAAAACAAUACAGAUAUAAUCAAUAUGUACCAAACAUCCAGCUUGAACGAAGAAAUUGCAACUUCUUUUGAAGAUCCCAUAUUGGAGAGCUUACGAUUAAAGAUUACCACUUUGGAUAAUAAUAACUACUUGAAACACUUUGAUUGGCUUAACUACAUCAAGAAAUUAACUACCGACGAUUUGAAAUAUCAUUAUUUGAAUCCGGAUUACACAAUGUAUUCGCUCAUUACUGCAUUGGGUCAUUUUCCGUGUGUUUUAAACAAUGACUAUAAUUAUGUAUUAAAAGAGUGUACUAAAUGUGGAAAUGGUCCAUUAACAAAGAACUACUAUGAUGUAAUUGAUCCGAAUAGAUCAAGUGUAACUGAAGGGGAAAUUUCAAAAUUUUAUAAGGAUAUCAUAUUGAAAUAUUUCAUACGGAACAAUGUAAACAGACUUGAGAAGAAUGCUUUGUUAUGUACCAAUUUUUUAAUACUUGUUUUUAAUUUAUUUGCCAGUUAUUCACCACCACAAGAACAAGAUCAAUUAUUUUCAUUCUUGAUUCAACAGCUAACCCACAUUAAUAGAGACGUACGAAUGUUGAUAACCCGAAUAUUUCCAUUAUACUUAAUCAAAGCUAAUAAAGACGAUGAAUGUUUUAAGGUCAUACUAACCAAAAUAUCGUCUAUUGAUUUAACAAGUUCACAUAAUCGACAUCUUGGUGAAUCAAGCAUAAAGGCGUUGGUUGAGUUAUCCAUUAUAAGUUCAGAUGAUUGGUUAUUUAAUUUAUUGGUGAAACUAAUUUCAUUGUUUGCAUUACCUAAUGAUCAACAUGUUAAUUACGUAUAUAAUGGGAUAAUUAGUAUCGCCAGUGCUAAAAAGUUAACCCCUCAAAAGUUGCUUGCUCCGUAUAUACCAAGCAUUUCCGAUACCGUAGUUAUAAACCUGGCUAUAUUCACAAAGAUAAUUGAAUUGCUGGGAGUUAGUAAGAGCUACUUUUUAUCAAGGCAUAAAGAACAUUCAAUCCCAAGAUUAUUGGAGUAUUACAAGUAUGAUUUUAUUGAAGAAAUAGCCAAUGCUGCAAAUUUGACCAAGUGGGAGUUAAUAAGUAAGAACAAGUCUAGAAUAAUUGCGUACUAUUUGACUAAAGGUGCUAAUGAAAAGUAUAUAAUGAAUGUUUUAACUAAUGUCUGUCCAAAGUUUAAGAUCUUAAAACUACCGGAAUUAAUGUCAAAAAUUGGUGAUAUUACUUGGUAUGUCUUAUUAAACAUACAGAGUGAGGGUGAGACUAUAACUAAUGUUGCCCAGAUUAAUUCAGCCUUGAAAUAUAUUGCAAAAAUAGCUAUGCAACAAAGGAGAGUGGCUUUAGAUGGCGGUAUCAAACAUAUUGAAUAUUUGCUAAGUGAAUACAUUCUUGAGCUUGUCCAGAAAUUUCAUGAAAACGUUCAUCAUAUUAGAGGAACUAAACCAUAUUUAGAAAAGAAAUGUUCAUUACAAGCGAUUGAAUAUAUCAUAACUACCAGUAUAUCAGCUGUUGCUACUGCUUUGGGCCAAAUUUCCACUUGUUUGCAAGCAACUUUAGAAAAUGACAGUGAAGAAUUCAAGUACUUGGCCCUAAGGUGUUGGAAUGAAUUAGUUAAGAGAUUACCUAGUUCCCAGUUGAUUUCAUUAAUUGAUAUAAUUAUAUCUUUGAUUUUCCAAAAGUUCAAAACAUUUAGUGAUAGAUCCAGGAAAUUAUCUAUUGCUAUAUUAACUAAGAUUUACCAUGAAAUAAAGGAUAGUUACAAGAGUUACACCUUGUAUUAUUUGUCACUCCCAUUUCAAGAUUAUGAUUUUACUCCAUUGAUUCAGUUUAAGAAAAAGCUGUUGAGUAUACUUGACAUAUUAUCUGAGUUCACCAGAAGAUUGGAAACAUCUAAUGAAUACGUUGUUAAACAAGCUUUAUUUGACUUAACCAAUUACAUUGAAAAAUAUCAGCAUAUAUGCCAGAGUGAAUAUUUCAAAGAUGUCACUCUUACGCUGGCCAUUACUAAGCUUAUUCAAACCAUUUUAGAUACAAGCUAUAAGUUCAAGAAAGUUUCUAGUGAAUGCGCAAAAGUUCUUGGUAUAAUAGGUGCUUUAGAUUCGAAUAAGUUCAACUUUAAACGUAUUAAGCAACUGUUGGUGAUUAUACACGAUUUCAAUGACUAUCAAGAGAAUACUGACUUUUUAAUUGAUUUCAUAGAGACAAAGAUUGUGAAAAUGUUUUGGUCUUCAAAUGACCCAAGUAAGCAAUUAUUCAGUGCUUAUGCAAUGCAGAAGUUUCUUCAAGUUAUGAAAUUAACUCCCAAAAUACUAGAGCAAGAUUUGCCAGAAAUUGGCACAUGGGAUAGGUUUAGUGAUAUUGCAAAAUCAACAUUGACACCCUUGUUAAACUCAAAAUACGUGGCACCAAAUACAAAGUACACUCCUAUUCAAUUUCCUUAUUUUAAACUUGGAAUGAAAUAUGAAACUUGGUUAGUUGAUAUCACAUUGAACUUACUUAAUCGACCAACAGAAGGGGACUCAGAUAAGUCAGUCAUCUUUCAAACAUGCUCAAUGCUAGUUAGAGAUCAAGAUAUUGAAAUCUGCCAGUAUGUCUUAAAGUAUAUUGCAUUGAGUCAUAUUAUAAACAAUACUGCAAUUGAAGAUUUAAAGAAGGAGUUUUUACAUUUGCUUAAUGUUGAUAUCAAUGGUGGUUCUCCCGAUAGAAUUGAACUGUUACGAUUAUGCUGUCAGGCUAUGUUUUCAGUUUUGGAUUAUUUUGGUGAGUGGGUUUCUCAAACUACCCAAUAUCUUACAUUCACAGCCGGAGAUCUUACGUUAUUAAAAAGACAAUUAACUUUGGUAAACAAGUUCCUAGAAUCUAUUCCUAUGGAUUUGAUUGCUAUAAAAUCUGCUCAAUGUGAUUCAUAUGAAAGGACAAUCUUAUACUUGGAGAAGUGUUAUAGAGAAGAAAAAGAUUUAGGAGACUUGAAUAUUGCAACUACUUUGCAAUCAAUGUAUUCUCAGAUCAAUGACUAUGAUGCAUUGAAUGGGGUACUAAAGAAAUUUUCCACAAGUAAUUUACAAGAAAAGUUGAACACGUUCCAAUACAGUGAUAAUUGGAGUCUAGCUCACGAAUCAUUUAAAGUGUUGGAUGAUACAACUAAGUUAUUGGAGUCGUUACAUGAUCAUGGUUUGUAUGACGAUGUAUUAUUAACUCUUUCUUCGAGAACUAAUUCACAGGACUUGACGAGUAUUCCCUUGGAUUGGGCAUUGGUUGGAUUAUGCUCAGCUGCAUAUUCAGGCAACUUUGAACAACUUGAGAAGUGGUUGCAAAUUUCAGAUUCAAUUGGAAAUGCACAAGACACGGAACUGAUUAUCAAUUAUGAGUUAUCAAAAGCGUUGCUGUUCUUACAUCGAAAGAAUGAACUGGAAUUUAACAAGUCGGUUGACCAUAUUUAUUCAUUUGUCGGUAAUUCACUUGUCCCUUCUACAUCUUCAAGCUUUAAUAGGAAUAUUGGUCUUAUGAAUCAAUUACAUGCCUUAUAUGAUUUGACAUUGAUUGUGGCGGGAGAAGAAGAAAGUAAGUUGAAAUCAAGGUUAGACAAUGUUGAUCAAGAUUUUGAUGUACAAUACAAGAUAUUAACCUUGCACAAUGUGGGUAACAAGGUAUUUGACAGUAACACAAAAGUUUCAGAUAAUUUACUUUAUAUGUCACAACUUGCAAGAAAGAACAAUCGGUUGGAUAUAUCAACAAGGACUAUUAUACAAGCCAUGAGAUUUGAACAGGGUUCGGCCAAUAUUGAAUAUGCAAAUUUAUUAUGGUCUCAAGGAAAUCAGGCUGAAGCAAUCAAAUUACUUUCUGAAAUCAUAAAACUGGGUAAUAUGAGUGCUAGCACACAACUUCAAUAUGCCAAUUGGUUAGAUGAAUCCAAUCAUUUAUCGACAAGUGAAAUUAUCCAUGAAUAUAAUCAAGCAAUUACCCUCAACUCAUUGUGGGAAACAUCUUAUUAUGACCUAGGGAAGUAUUAUAACAAGAUUAUGGAAUCUUCAAAGGAUGCCACUGGAUACUAUGAACAACAGAUAAUUAGACAUUUCAUAAAAUCGCUUUCUGUGGGAAAUUCAUUUGUGUUUGAAGCAUUACCUAAACUUGUCACAAUUUGGCUUGAUUUCGCACUGAAGAGUAGAAGUUCUGAAGCUCAAAGAAAACUUAAUCAAAUAGUAGAAGAUAUCAAGAAGGCUACUGAGACUGUUCCAAAUUACACUUGGUAUACUGCAAUAACUCAAAUAUUGUCCCGUAUAACCCAUGAUCAUACAGAAUCAUAUGAAAGACUAGCAGUAAUUGUUGGUAAUAUAAUUAAGGAUUAUCCUCGGCAAAGUUUAUGGUAUGUAUUAUCCCAUGCUAAAUCAAGUGAUUCCAAACGUAAACUGCGAAUUGAAUCAAUUUUACAAAAAGUGACUUUGGCUAAGUCGGAAUUGGGAGUAACUAUUCAGGAUGCUAAUGAAUUAUUCUCUGGGUUAAUAAAACUUGCCCAGUUCAAGAUAAGCAAGUCUGUCAGAACUAGAAAGAUGUCAUUGCUGAGAGACUUUAAGAUUCUGUAUUUGAAUGAUACAUAUCAAGGUUUGGUCAUUCCAGUAGGUUCAAAUCUUGAAAUUAGACUACCAAAUGAAAACACUAAGAGGUUCACCGCUUUCCCUAAAGCAAAUACAGUGACAUUCAAUGGAUGUGAGGAUUUGGUAAACAUUUUCCAUUCAUUACAAAUGCCAAGACAAAUUACAAUUAGAGGUUCAGAUUCAAAUUCUUAUAAACUAAUGGUUAAAUCAGAUGAUACACGAAAAGAUGCAAAGGUAGUGGAAUUCACCACCAUGGUUAAUAGGAUUUUACUUUCAAGUAACGAAGCAAGGAAGAGAAGAUUGAGUAUUCCUAAUUAUUGCGUCAUCCCACUAGCUGAAAACAUUGGGGUUAUCGAGUUUGUUAAUGAUGUGCAGACUAUAAAGGCUGUUUAUCAUGAACAGAUGAAACGAAUGGGUAAACAUUUACAAGAACGUAAAGUAUUUAUGAAGAUUGACGAGGCUCAAAGAUUAGUAAAGGCAAGUAAGAGGAGUAGUGACACUAGUAAUAAAGCAAUGCAUGAUUUAGUUUCCACUUUUACUCAUAUAGUCAAGGAUCAUCCACCAGUAUUGCAUAAUUGGUUUAUUGAAAAUUUUACUGACCCAACAUCCUGGUAUAUUUCAAGAAACUCAUUCACUCGAUCAACAGCAGUUAUGUCAAUGGUAGGAUAUAUUAUUGGUUUAGGUGAUAGACAUUGUGAAAAUAUAUUGUUAUUCAAAAAGACCGGGGCUGUUUUACAUAUUGAUUUUGAUUGCUUAUUCGAAAAGGGUAAAACAUUACCAUGUCCGGAAUUAGUACCAUUUAGAUUGACUCAAAAUGUUAUUGAUGCGAUGGGUAUAUGUGGGAUAGAAGGAAACUUUAGGAUUUCAUGUGAAGUAACUGCUAAAUUAUUGAGACAACAUGAGCCACCAUUGAUGAAUAUCUUGGAAACUUUAUUAUAUGAUCCUUUAUUAGAUUGGAAAAAUGGUCAAAAACCAGGUAUUCAUUUAAGUAAAGUUAGAAGAAAGAUUAGGGGGUUGACAGGUAAUGAUGGAUUACCAAUGAAUAUUCAUGGUCAGGUUGAUGUUUUAAUCCAGGAAGCUACAUCUUUGGAAACUUUAGCACAGAUGUACGCUGGUUGGUCAGCAUAUGUGUAAUACAAUACAGUGUGUGUUAUAGAGUUAUUAGAUUAACUAACGAUGGAAUAAAUAUUUGUAGAACCAUAUCUUAGGGGUCAAUCAGGUUAGAAGAAGGGUUAGCUUUGUGGCAAAAAAAAAGAAGUAACAAUAGAGCACAUCUUGGUUAUAAGUCCAUUUAAUAUAUAAAAAUUAAGACUAUUAAAGGUACUACUCCACAAACUGCGAAAGCACACAAUCCCCAGAUUUGCAAGGCUCUAAUAUUAGCAGAUACAGGAAAUUCCUUUUGAGUAUUUCUCAAUCUGAUCAACUCACUCUGGAAAACCCAAUAGGUAGUUAGUUGCAAGCAAACAAUAGCUAAUAUGAAUAUCCCAUGAUUCAUUUGUAAAAUUCCAAUUGUAUUUAUCUUUAAGAAAUCCUGAAGUAGAGCAUUCAUUACAUUCCAUUUGUAAUAAAAAAAGAGUAACACUGACUGAAUAACUCCCAAGACAAUUUUCUUGAUGAAUACAACUUCACUGAUGGGAAACUUAAAGAUAGCCACCAUUUGUUCAAACAUCAAUAUUCCCAAUAGGAUGAACACCAAGUAGCGAUAAAUUGUUCCAAAAUGAUAGAUUAAAGUUCCUUCACUGUUGAUCUUAUGUAAUUGACAUACAUCAUAAUGGGACAAUUUGCUUAAAUUAAACUUAUAAGGAUCAUCGCACAUUUGUUUAAUUGUUUCAAGAUACUUGCUGCUGAACGGCUCAUUAAAAGCGUAAUUUGCCUCAUCACUAAAAACUUGCAACAAACUUAAAAUUAUAUUGGGACCUUGUUUGUAAUUCCAAUUGAUUAUUACUCCAUUGUUGAAAGAUCUUGAAAAUUGGUUUGUAGUAUAACUAAACCAAUUGUGAUUGAUAUCCAUUAAAAUCUGCUUUAAUUGAGAUUUAGAAAGCGAUACGGAUAGUGUGCGUAAAAUCAGUUGAAUCGAUUCAAUGGUUCUGUCAAAUGAUUCCAUGUCAAAGUUUAUAUUGAACAGAAACUGGUAGUGUUCUCCAACUGGUGUUUCUAUCAGAAAAAUGCAUAAGGUAAUCCACGUAAAAAUGGCUACUAAGAAGGUUUCUACUUGGAAAUAGUCAUCCCAUAAGGUCCAAUUCCAGUUCCAAUUCUGGUACCAUUUGUCGCU